GUAUAAGUGGCCAUUGGCGGUCCCCUAUUCGCUGCUAACUAAACCUCCAGGCUUUGGUACUUGUAGGCGGUGUUCACUGGCCGCGAUAGUUACAGUGCACUAGACAGUCCGGACUACCUUGAAGCAUUCCUUCCACUUCACUUCACCUGACUGACUUCACUUCACUUCAGACGAGAGGUCUGGGCCAUCUGAACUUUCUGAACAGCGCAUCUGCCUUGUGAACUAGUGAUGAUAUCAGACGGUGUCCUCUUAUUCAGGUCCGCCUAUUUACAUUCCCCAAUGUUUACUUGUAUAUAAGGUACAUCCAAGCCACCCUCUAAUCCGUAAGUUCAUCUUCACAUCAUUCGGCUUCGCUGUAUCUGCUCUCCCAACCUCCUCGCAACCUUCGUAAGCUUUCUUAGGAAGAUCCCGUGGAAAACCGCAUGUGGCGUCUCAUACAUUAAUCCUAACACAUCCUUCGACUUCGGUGCACCCAGUACCGUCGACAACAACAUGUGGUCGCCCUUCAACACGAGGAAUGGCAACGGAGCCUCGCCAUCCUUGUCACGGCUGCUCACCCUAUCGACACUCGCCGCUCUCGCUCCCUUGAGUGACGCACAAUUCCCGCCAUAUCAAGCUGUCGGCUUGAAGACGGUCACCUCACCUUCCAACCCGAACAUCAAGAUCUCGUACAAAGAACCCAAGGAUGUCUGUACGACUGCUUUCAGACGGCAGAAGCAGUACACCGGCUGGGUUACCGUCCCCGGCGAGUACCCAACACACCUCUUCUUCUGGUUUGUUGGUGCCCGCGAGCCAACCUCUGCGCUGACAAUGAUGCUCAACGGCGGGCCCGGCUCGAGCUCCAUGUUUGGCCUCUUCGCCGAGAAUGGCCCUUGCCAGGUCGUCGAGAAAGGCGCCAACCGCCUGGAGACGGCCGCCAGAGAAUGGGGCUGGGACAGAGCUUCCAACAUGCUCUUUGUCGAUCAGCCCAACCAUGUCGGUUUCUCGUACGAUACUCCCACCAACGGUUCUCUGGACUUGACGACUGGGAUGGUGUCGCCUACCAUGCAAUUGCCUGAUAACCUGCCUCCCAGCCUCUUUCUCAACGGCACAUUUUCCUCAAACAACAUCCAAAACACGGCCAACACGACUCAGAAUGCUGCCAUGGCCGUCUACCACCUGCUCCAGGGGUUCCUGAGUACUUUCCCCGAGUACGUCCCGGACAAGCACAGCCCGUUGGGCGUCAACCUCUUUACGGAAAGUUAUGGCGGCCACUACGGGCCUGUCUUUGCCGACACCUGGCAGAAGGAGAAUGACAAGCUUUCAAAGCGCGCAAUGCCUCUUUCCAGACGACAGGAUGAUGCCAACAAUAUCCAAUCCCGUCCCCCCAAGGGCGGCAGUGGUAACCGCGAAAUCAAACUCACUUCGCUUGGCAUCAUGAACGGCUGCAUCGACGACCUCGUCCAAGGCUCCCGCUACGUCGAGAUGGCCAUCAACAACACGUAUGGCAUCAAGCUGAUCGACCAAGCCACGGCCGACGCCAUCACCUCGGGCUUCAACGCCCCCGACACGGGCUGCAAAGACCUGAUCCUCGCCUGCCGCCAAGCCCAAGCCGCUCUCGACCCGCUGGACCAAGGUACCGACGAAACCGUCAACCAGGUCUGCGCCUACGCCUCGCUCACCUGCCAACAGCUCCUCGGCUCCGUACUCGCCAGCGGCGCUAACGCCUACGACAUUGCGCACAUGGGUCCCGAUGCGUUUCCCGAUUACCACUACCUCGAGUAUCUCAACUCGCGCCGCGUGCAAGAGGCGAUCGGGUCCGUGGUCAACUACACGGAUAUUUCGCCCGUAGUCUACCAAGCCUUUUUCCAAACCGGGGAUAGGGCUCGCGGCGGGUUGAUCGCCAAGCUAGCUUCGCUUCUGCAGCGCGGCGUUCGCAUCGGUCUGGUGUAUGGCGACCGCGAUUACAUUUGCAACUGGAUGGGCGGCGAAGCAGUGUCUCUGGCUCUUGCCGACGCCAUGAAGGAUUUGGAUCCCAAGAGCCCGUAUCCGACCAAGUUUCCGCAGGCUGGGUAUGAGAACAUCCAGACCAAUAACAGGGAGGUCGGCGGAGUGGUGAGGCAGUUUGGCAACCUCAGCUUCAGCAGGAUUUAUCAGUCAGGUCAUUUCGUGCCUGCUUACCAGCCUGAGACGGCGUUUCGGGUGUUUGAGCGCAUUAUCGCCGGUAAAUCGGUUGCCACGGGUGCUAGAGUCAACCUGAGGGACUUUGCGACUCGGGGACCCAGGAAGGCUGAUAAACAGCUCCAGGCUCCCAAGGAUGUGAGCGCCAAGUGCUUUGCGAGGAAUUUGGGGUCGACUUGUACGCAGGAGCAGGUCAUGGCGAUCUUGAUGGGCGAAGGCGUGGUGAUUAAUGGGGUUUGGUAUAAGGAGAAGAAGGAUUGGAGUCCAGUGACGGCUAGGAGUCAGAUGGCGGAGCCGGAGUCUAAGAGGACUCUUGUGGGUAGGGCUGCGAGGUGGUUUGAGUAGGGUGUGUGCGCGUUUGUCCUAUCUCAUAGUGAACGCAUGCUCUUCAAAGAGCGCUUGAUGAUGCUGGAUAACACUGGAUGUCAGUUAGUAUGGUUAAUGAGUAUCAGUAGGUAAUGAUAACGAGUGUUUGUCAUGUGAAGUCUGCUGUUCUUGUCAUGUCCGGCCUUGAUAACUUGAUGCAGCUGUUCUCAAACUCGAAGAUAUCGGAAUCAGAGGUCAUGAGUUCUGUUGAAUCAUUCUAGCUCGGCAUUUGCUGUCCCCUUGUUGCUUGUCGACAACUGCUGCAUGGAGGGCUUCUCGUGUAGAUGGAGGACUACGUUCCAGAUGUGUUCUUUGUUUAC